UUGCAAAAUACUAACGUGUAGUACCCUCUGCUUUCUCUAGUUAGCAUUUGGCAAGGUUAGCUUGAUCUCAGUUAAACAUUGACAAUGGCAAACCAGAAGCACCUGUUCUCUUUCCUAUCAUUUCUCUUACUCACCCUCUCUCUCUCCCUCUGCCUCUGGGGUCAUGAGCCUUUAGUGUUGGCAAAGGAGGUCAUACCAGUAGGCGUGGUUCUUGAUUUGAAGUCCCUCGUGGGAAGGGUGGCAGAGAGCUACAUGUCCAUGGCUCGCUCUGACUUUUAUGCAGUGAAUCAUAACUAUCGCACCAGACUCACUCUCUUCGCAAAGGAUUCUGGGGAUGAUGUCAUUACUGCAGCGUCUACAGCAUUGGAUUUAAUGAAGAAUAAAGAAGUGCAGGCCAUUAUAGGACCUCAAAGCUCCGCACAAGCUAGGUUUGUGAUAGAACUUGGCCGCAAAGCUCAGGUUCCCAUCAUUUCCUUCUCAGCCACAAGUCCCUCUCUUUCUCCAUCCCAAAACCCGUUUUUCAUACGUACAACACAUGAUGACUCCGCACAAGUUAAAGCCAUAGUAGACAUUGUUAAGGCCUUUGGUUGGUGGGAAAUUGUCCUCAUUUAUGAAGACACAGAUUAUGGCAAUGGCAUAAUUCCAUAUAUGUUGGAUGCUUUACAAGAGAUUGACACUCGGGUUUCUUACAGAAGUGAAAUUCAUCCAUCUUCUAAUAAUACUGAAAUCAGUGAAGAGCUUAACAAGUUAAAGGCAAAUCAAACAAGAAUAUUCCUUGUUCACAUGACAGCUUCACUUGGCUCCAAACUCUUCGCACUUGCAAACAAUGCAGGGAUGAUGAGUGAAGGGUAUGCAUGGAUCCUCACAGAAGGGCUAUCAACAUUGCUAGAUCCUAUGAGCUCAAAGGUCAUGGACUCAAUGCAAGGUGUAUUGGGAAUCAGGCCAUACUUACCCCCAUCUAAACAAAUUGAAGAUUUUGAAAGGAAAUGGAAGAGAAAUUUAACCUCAAUUAGAACAAAGAGCAAAAGUAUUACUAGCUUAAACUUUUUUGGAUUAUGGGCAUACGAUACAACCUGGGCAUUGGCUAUGGCAGUAGAAAAGGCUAGCAUGGUGCAUUCUACCUUCUUGAAGCAAAAUACUAGCAACAAUAAUGUUGAUCUUGCACCUUUAGGCAUUUUUGAAAUGGGUACAAGGCUUCGCGAUACAAUUCUAAGUACUACAUUUGAAGGCCUAAGCGGGAAUUUUCAUUUGGUUAAGGGGCAGUUAGAGCCUUCAACCUUUGAACUAUUCAAUGUGAUAGGAAAAACUGAGAGGAUUAUCGGAUAUUGGACCCGACAAAGAGGAUUUUCAAAAGAUUUGAACGGCACUAGUGAAAGGGCAUACUCAACAUCAAAGGACAAACUUAAACAACCUAUCUGGCCAGGAGACACAACAGAGCAGCCGCCAAAGUUAAGGAUUGGGGUUCCAGUGACAUCUGGUUUUAAGGAAUUCGUAAAUGUGGAAUGGCAUUCUCCUACCGAUGAUAAGCCAAGCAUAUCGGGGUUCUCCAUUGAUGUGUUCCAUGCUGUACAAGAAGCAUUACCUUUUCCCCUCCCUCAUGAAUUUUUUCCCUACAUGAAUAAGGAUAGGCAAAUUAAUGGGACAUACGAUAAACUUCUUUAUCAAAUUACAAACCAGGUUUACGAUGCGGUUGUUGGAGACACAACAAUUGUUGCUAAUCGCUCCUUAUAUGUUGAUUUCACUUUGCCUUAUACAGAAUCAGGCAUGUCGAUGGUGGUUUUGGUGAAAGAUGAUAAGAGCAAAAACUUGUGGAUUUUCUUAAAGCCGUUAAGCAUUAAUCUAUGGUUAACAACUGGUGCAGCAUUCAUCUUUACAGGUUUGGUAAUAUGGGUUCUUGAACACCGUGUAAACACUGAGUUUAGAGGUCCUCCAAAUCAACAACUUGGCUUGAUUUUUUGGUUCUCCUUCUCAACAGUUGCCUUCGCUCACAGGGAGAAAGUGGUAAACAAUUGGUCAAGAUUUGUGCUAAUCAUAUGGAUUUUUGUUGUACUCAUCCUGACUCAAAGUUAUACGGCAAGCCUAACCUCAAUAUUAAUAGUACAGAGAUUGCAGCCUGCAUUUGUUGACGUAAAAGAGAUUAAAAAUAAUGGUUAUUUUGUUGGAUAUCAAAAUCAUUCCUUUGUUGAGGGGCUUCUAAUUAAACAAUUAGAUUUCCACGAAUCCCAGUUGAAGCCAUAUUCGUCCCCCGAGGAGUAUCAUGAAGCAUUGUCAAAAGGAACCCACAAUGGUGGGGUUGCAGCUAUUUUUGAUGAAAUCCCCUAUAUCAAGAUCUUCCUUGCAAAGUAUUGUUCCAGGUAUACUAUGGUUGGACCCACCUACAAAACUGACGGAUUUGGCUUUGCCUUCCGACAAGGAUCCCCUUUAGUCCCUCACAUUUCGAGGGCAAUCUUGAAUGUCACUCAAGAUACAGAUAAAAUUGGAGCUAUUGAGUGGAAGUACUUUGGAAGUCAAACUACUUGUGAAGAUCAAAGCGCCACAAUCUCUUCACAUGGUCCUAGUCUUGGGGUGGACAACUUCAGGGGCCUUUUCCUCAUCGCAGGAAUCGCUUCCGUGGUCUCACUCUUGGUUUAUGUUUUUAACUUCUUUUACUCACAUUGGUCUACCUUGAGCAACAACAAUCCUGCCAACUCUUGUUGGUCCAAAUUGGUUGAAAUGGCAAAACAUUUUGACAAGAAAGAUCCACAAACAUUUCAGAGAGAAGAAUCAAGGGUACAUGUAGCAAGUCCCAGCGUUUUUGAACCUUCUCCUAGUAUUGAUGAUAUGCAAAUCCACUCAAGGAAUUCAGUUGAAGGAACAUUGGAUGUGGUUAUACACGAUGACAACGGAAGUCUCUCUUCAAGUUCAAGGCAUGGUGAUGCAUCUAUGCCGGAUUUAGAUUUUGAUGAGUCCAAGUUGAAGCCAUAUGAGACACCUGAGGAGUAUCAUGAAGCACUGUCAAAAGGAAUCCUCAAUGGUGGAGUUGCAGCUGUUUUUGGUGAAAUCCCUUAUAUCAAGCUCUUCCUUACAAAGUAUUGCUCUAGGUAUACUGUGGUUGGACUGACCUACAAAACUGAUGGAUUGGCCUUUGAUAUAGUGCGGAUGGUCAGACUGUGA